AUGAUAAUUAUGACUAAUUAUCAGGCUCCUACGAAAACUUGUGAGGACUGUGGAGGUUCGGGUGUGUGUUCCAAAUGCAACGGAGAAGGUUUUGUUCUAAGACGACUGUCGGAUGAAGGUGCUGAAAAAGCAAGAUUGAUGGCAAAAAACAUGGCAACUCGAUACACGGCAGGGCUCCCAAAGAAGUGGAGCUACUGCACAAAGUGCUCGUCUGCUCGUUCUUGCGUUACUUGUGGUGGUAGUGGGAAAUUAAGCUACAUGAAUCAACCCGCGCACCCACCUGCCUGCUCCAGCCCAAUCUGGCGGACCAAAUGCCCGCGUCUCGGGCCCAAUUCGCGUCCAGCGCUGUCCAGUUCAGGUCGCCUCAGGGAGCACCAGUCCUGUCCAGCUCGCUCCAGACGUGCCAGACCCGGUCCAACAUGCUCCAGGCGGUCCGAGAGUGGUCCAACAG